AUGAUGAACGUGGAGCCCCAUAAUACCAUCCUUCAGGGCAACAGUAAACGUAGAACGAGCAACGCGGGACUAUCGGCGAACUUGACGGGGGUGCCUCAAUUUUCGGACAAUGACAGCGUACUUGAUACAUCAGGCUUUACGUUCCCAGUGCCAGAAGCAUCGGUGGUUGGUGGAGGAAGAGGCCCUCGUUCUGGUAGUAUUGCGGAUACGGCAAAUACUGCAGGGAGUACGUUGCUGGAUUAUUAUAAGUUAUCUACAUUGGCCAAAUUGGAGGAACGGUUCUUUAUGUUCCUUCUCAAUUUGCAAAUUAAGGAAGAAGCUACCUCUCGAAAAGAUUUUUUUUUGGCACUUGUAACCAACAUGUACAUCAUGUGGGUAACAUUGUUUGUGGGAUUUUUCUCCGACUACAACUAUGGAGAGUAUGGUGUUUGGAUUGCUCAAGCUCUCAAUUAUCCAAUCACCUUUGGAUUUCAUCAUUUGCCCUACACAGCAGCCUUGAUCAUUGCUUGCAUACUAUUCUCUGUGCUCAUGGUUGGAGUUUUGAAUUUACUAUUAGCCUAUCGAUCAGUAUAUACCAUGAGCAAACAUUGGCCCAAAAUUAAGGUGAUUACACGAAUAUUGUUAGGAGUUGUUUGCUAUUUAUCCAUGCCUUUUCUUUGGUUAUUUCUUGGCUUUCUUGAUUGCUCAUACCAAUCUAGUGUGAUGCUUCCCUCUCAUUCCACAGAAGUUCAAGUAUUGUAUCGAUUUCCUGACGUUGCAUGUUAUGGCACCACAAAUAUUGCCAUGAUGGUCAUUUCAAUUAUUUCAGUUGUUACUAUUUUUUGUAUGGUUUUUCUGGGAAUGUACACGUUAAACAAUUCCAAUCCGAGAAGCUCCCUCCCUUUCUUAUCAUUUAAUCAGCACGGACAUUACCUUAAUCUAUUAUCUCUCAAUGUUUUAUUUCUAAUCAUGAACUUGGUUUCACAUAAUUACAUGAUAGCCCCUGCUCUACUGUAUUUGUUAUGUAGAGUUGGCUUGGCAUUAUUGUUUGCCUAUAGACUUCCAUUUUACAAAAGAUGGGAAAAUGCCCUGUAUUUCGGAUUCGAAAUGGCCACAGUUGGAGUUGGAAUAUGUGGAAUUAUUUCUCUGUAUGUCAAUUCCUUUGAUGAAUGGGGAUUCGGGCUUGGUCUGCUAGGAAUGACUUUUGGAACAUCAAUUUGCUUUUUUAUUAUUGGUUGGGUUGUUUUAGAAAUUUACACAAGAUACAUCUUAAGAGAUAUUCGAACUGUCUUUUAUGAUCAGUUGGAGUAUGGACUUAAUCAAUUGAAUAACGAUGCUGAUGUUGUGAAUACAAAAACCGUGCUUGAAAAGGAAUCGAUCAAAAUUUUGCAAAUCAUAGAUGAAACCAAUCGAAAUCGAAGGUUAUAUCAUUUCUUAAAGUUUUCUGUCAAACAACAAGCUCAGGAAGAUGAAGUUAUCGGAUCUAUUAGAGACUUGGAUAUGGUAACUUGUUUUUUAAAAGGUGUAUCUACCCAAAAGUCGUAUCAAAAUGUUGAAUUAUUAAUUAUGGCUGCAGUGGUAACGGGGUCGUUUUUAGGUAUGGACAUCAAUAGUAACACCAAAUCAUUAGCCCUGUUAAGAAAAGCAAAAAAAGGUCAUCCAUCACUUCUACAGAGAUUUGAAAUUGCUGAAAGAACAAAGGAGGUGGAAGCAAAUUCAGAUAAUGAGAGAGGACUUUUGGAGAUUAAGCACAUUCUGCAUACACUAGAGAAGAAGGAGUUUACACUUCAAACACUACACAAAGCAUUUUGGAAAAACUUGCUUAAUGAAUCAGUAUCAAUUGGGAAAAUACUCUCGAUUAAUAAGCAAAUAACAUCCCUAACAGAGGAGUGUAAAGUUACGCUCAACGGUUUGAUGGCGAAUUAUGGCAAUAACAAGACAGUGUUGCGUAGAAACGCAAAGUUUUUACAAAGCUUCUUGUUUGAAAAAGAGCGAGCAGAUGAGCUUUACGAAGAGGCUGCUGCUAUCGAAGAAGAGGAGAGCAAAAAGUAUUCUAGUUCACGUAGAAAGUCUAAGGCCGGAAGAUAUCAAAACAAAGUAUUACCAAACGAAGGAAUCAAUUCUGCAGCAAUAAGGAAUAACAAUUACGAAGAAAUGAGUUAUGUAGGAGAUUUGGCAAGCAAUUAUGGGCGAUACAAUAAUAAUCGAGCAUUAGAUGAAGAAAGUAAUUUUGAUGGAAUUGAAAAUGUUAAUGAUGGACUUCAAAAGAAAGAGGUCCAAUUUAGAAAUGCUCUCAAUAGACAAACUUCGCACUCGAGUCUCUUAGUAUUUUUUUUAGCUCUUUCAUUGCUUUCUAUUGUAGUCGUUUCCAUUGGAUUUGGACUAAGUAUCUCCUUUGCUCAAAUAAUGACAUCUUCAAUUGACUUGAGUUAUGAUAUUUGCAUUCCAACUGCUUUGCCAAGACUGUUUCUUAGAGAAAUUCGAACCCAACAAAAUUUUUUACAUCUCUUUCCUCAAUAUUCACAUGAAAUAAGGUCUACAGGUUUGCCAAACGUCAAUAGCACCGAGGAAUUUCACAAAUCACACGUACACAGAAUGAGAAAGUAUAGUAAUGUGCUCGGUAAUUUGAAAUUAAUAGCAGCAACCAGAUUCAGUGAAUCAUUAAUUCAAGAUUUCACUAACACAGAUUAUUAUUUAUUUACACCAGUGAUCUACAAUGAUAACAAUUCAACAAAUCCACAAGAAUACGUACAGUACAGGAAAUCUUCGAUUUCAGAAAUUACAGAUCAACUUAUAUUUUACACACAAAACUUUUUAACAUAUACAAUUCAUGAUUACAAUAGAACUACUGAUUCUGCUGAUUUUCUGUUCUAUUGGUCAAAUAGAAUCAAUCAAAGUGCAGCAUACGAUGCAUAUUGCUCGCAAUUUAGCAAUAGGAAUCAAGUUAUUGUGAAUACCAGUAGUAAUCAAUUUUUAGCUUUCUAUGCAACUGCCAUUUCUAUAUACGUCACAUGUUCUGUAAUUGUUGUGGUGAUUUCGCUUAUUCAUCUGAAAAGUCUAAGGUCCACCAUCAAAUUUUUGACUAAGAAUCUCCCUCACGAUGUGGCCGGAAAAAUAUUUUCGCAACUUGAAAAAAAGAGUGAUGAAGAAAUUGAUGUGAAAGAAAUGUCUUUCAUUUCUAAACCUGAAACAUCCAUAGUCAUUGCUGUUCUUAUUACUAUUGCUGUCACAGUAUUAUGCAUAACAUUGAUGUUUGCUGAAAUGAAUCUGAACUCAUCCGCUUCUGAGACUGCCAUUCGUCAUAUAACAUAUGGUGUGCAUAUUUUGAGAACUGCAAACAAUAUUGCAUUUAGAUUGUCAGAAAUGUUUUCCUUUUUGAGAUAUCCAUACAAGUUUUAUCUUAAUGAUGAUAGGUUGAUGACAAAAAAAGAGCUAGACGAUUUUCAUGUACAACACAAAGAAUUGACUGGCAUUAUUGCAGAUGCAUGGAAUGAAUUAUAUUACAGAAAUGCAUUUCGCAUGUAUGACGAACUUGCUGCUAUUUUAGUACCUAGUAAUUGCACCUAUCCGAAUAUAACCACUCAAUAUUCAUGUUUACCAAUGAGUGAUCUAAUUGUAAAGCUGAUCAGUUCAGCUAACAGAUUUGGAGAGGACCUCUAUUACAGUAACUAUCAAUUAAUUGACUUAUUCACAGGACUCUUGAAACAUUAUGAAAUGACAUCUGUACUCAUGGAUCGUAUGGUGACCCUCUUUUCCUUGUACACCAAACUCUCUUCACGACCAAGUUUUUCUAUUACCAUUACAUUCUCUCUCUUUGGAUACCUAUCUGUACUUGGAAUGACUUAUUUUGCAUACUCAUUGCUUACAGAUUUUUGGAGGCAGAAACAACAACUACGAAUUAUGCUUAAUUAUGUUCCCGUUGACGAUUUAGAAGAAAAUGAAGAACUUAAAAACUUUGCCCUUUUUGACGAGUUGCCCAGUCAGCUCAAAUUUUCGCGUGCAAAAACCGAUGACAAAGGCGAUGGUAAAAUUCGAUCGAUUCUGAAUUCUGCUGUUGACGGAGCAAUUUUAUGUAAUCACAAGGGAGACAUUGAGCUAUUUAAUCCAACAGCUCAAAACAUGUUUGGAAUGAAUAACAGCGAUGUGUUAGGUCAACCUUUAUUGAAAUUAUUUGAUCCUUCCGACACUGAAAAUUAUCAAAAACUUAGCCAAAUUAUUCAGAAAACCAUUACAAAUGCUCAACCAAUGGGAGAAACUUUGGAGAUAGGAUGUCUAAGAAAAAACCAAAGCAAAUUUCCGGCAAAAGUUAAUAUUGUGGCGAGCAUUUAUAACAAAAAGCCGCUUAUAAGCUGUUUCAUCAGAGAUUUCACACCAGAGAAGAAGCAAAAUCUGCUUUUGGCAGAGGAAAAGAAAAAAUCUGAAACGCUGCUGCUUAACAUCAUGCCUGAAGCAGUAGCUUCGAGAUUGAAAAGUGGAGAGACAUUUAUUGCAGAAAAAUUUAAUGACGUCACAGUAUUCUUUUCAGAUAUGGUUGGAUUUACUAGAAUCAGCUCUGGAAUGAAUCCCUCUGAAUUGGUGUACAUGCUAAAUACAAUCGUCAAUGGAUUUGAUUUGUUAACAGAAAAGUAUACACUUGAGAAGAUUAAAACUAUUGGAGAUGCCUAUUUUUGUGUGGGAGGAAUUAAUGGAAAUACUCAAAGCGAUCAUCCCGAUCGAACAUUGAAAUUUGCGAUUGAAACUAUGGCUGUCAUUCGAGAUUACAAUUUAAAUGGAAAAACUAACGUCAAUAUACGAGUAGGGAUCCAUACUGGACCUGUCAUUGCUGGCGUUAUUGGAAUUAAAAAAUUUGCGUAUGAUUUAUGGGGGGAUACAAUCAAUACUGCGAGUAGAAUGGAAAGUACCGGUAUUCCUGGAAGAAUUCAAAUCUCUCGUCAAACAUAUGAGAGAGUGCAUGAUUUAGGAUUUCAAUUUGAGGAGCGCAAGAUUGAUGUGAAAGGUAAAGGGUUGUGUCAAACCUAUCUCCUUAAACCAAAACAUCAUGUCAAUCCUCUUGAUAUGCAAUACGAUGAUGCUACACCAACCUUGAUAUCAAGUUCUAGCUUUGGUGAGAUGCCACCUCCUUCCUCCUCACCAACACAUGCUGCUUCCUCAUCCUCACCAACGAACCAAGCCCAAUUGCAACCAGCUGCUUCAUUUACAUCUGAAAAUGUAACUACGAACCAGGUCACUGAAACAACGACAAACAACGGUACAUUGGAACAACGCCCUUUGAGACCACUGAAGAGAAUACUACGACAAGACGUGAAUAAUGAAUCCAGGAGUGCACUAGGAUUCCUAAGCGAGAACAAGUCUCUCACAUCCCUUGAUGAAUCAGUGACACUCCCAAGUUCGUCCACCGAUCAGAAAAAUUAG